ACAGAGAUGAAGAGGGUUGUUGGAGACAAUGCCACGUUGCCCUGCCACCAUCAGUUUUGGGUUGGUGAUGACCCUGCACUGGAUAUUGAGUGGCUGCUUCUCAAGCCAACCAACAGGCAGAGAGUGGUGAUUACCUACUUUGCUGGACGGGUGUUUGACCCCAAUGAAGCAGGACGUGGGCGUGUAGCUUUCGCUGGAGAUUUCUUAAAAGGUGAUGCAUCCCUGUGGAUCACUGACUUAACCAUGACAGACUCAGGAGAGUACAGCUGCAAAGUUAAGUAUGGUGCACAAUACCACUGGAGCACCAUCAGCCUCAUAGUGCUGGUGAAGCCAUCCAAGCCACGGUGCUGGAUGGAAGGCAAACUGUUGGAGGGUGGUGAUGUUAAAAUGAGCUGCAAGUCUGCUGAUGGUUCUGAUCCCAUUUACUACAAAUGGGAAAGAGUACUGGACAAGGGCAAGUACGUUGGCAAGCUGCCUCCCCUGACCCUCAUAGAUUUGAAAAACCCUGAGAUUGUGACACUGAGGAACUUAACUAAGGACAACACUGGAGUAUAUAAAUGCACAGCCAGCAAUGAUGUGGGAGAAGACAGCUGCACGGUGGAGGUCAAGAUGCACUACGUCAGGGGAAUGGGCAUGGUAGCAGGGGCAGUAGUUGGUGUGUCCUUUGGCGUCCUCCUUAUCAUCCUCAUCGUCUGGUCGGCGUUCCGCAAAAAGGAGAUGAAGAAAUAUGAAGAAGAAGAGACCCCAAAUGAAAUCAGGGAGGAUGCAGAGGCUCCAAAAGCCAGCCUGGUGAAGCCCAACUCACUCUCCUCAUCCCGUUCGGGAAGCUCUCGCUCAGGCACCUCCUCCACCCAGUCCAUGAUGCACAACAUGGGGCCCAGAGGCCAGCGAGCCUGUGUUCCUGCUGUGGCAGCCCUCAAAGAAAGCUGCCAAGCCUCCACCUUCCCCCAGUCUCCACCUGCCUACAUUCGGACAGUUCCCAAGAUUCCAGAACCCUGUUCUAAACCCAGCACCACAUCUACCUCCAACUCCAAGCCCAGCCCACCACCUAAGCUGAGUCCUGGGAACCUGACCCGCAUGGGCGCCACUCCCGUUAUGAUCCCUGCUCAAACCAAGGCCUUCCAGACUGUGUAA